AUGACGACCCCACAUGUUACUCGUUGCACUGACCGAUAUUUUCGUCGGGCCAUCUACGGCUUUGACCCUGAUAUUGUGGAUUUUCCGGAGCAGGCGCUUCUUACAGGUAUCGUCCAGGGCUACUGUCCCAUUUGUCUCUCUCUGGCAGACGACCUGCACCGUGACAGCCCACUGCGGUCUUGCCAACAUACUGCUGCUCUACUGGAGACAUUGACGCUGAAGGAGAUGUGGGAUAACUAUGGUGUUGUGGGGGAUAUAAUUCCAUUUACGGCAGACUUCCCUCGAGCCGAUAUUCAUGAACUCAUUUCAGUUGACCUUUUGCACCAAAUUAUCAAGGGGACAUUCAAAGACCAUAUUGUUGACUGGGUUGAAUUGUAUAUCAAGCAAGUGAAUGAGCCUGCAGAAGCUGAGUGUAUUCUGGCGGACAUUGACCGAUGGUAA